CAGAAAAAGUAACCAGUAUAAUAGGCCUUAGAAGAACGGUUUCACAAUAUACUAAAUUGACGUCGGACUGAAGUAGGCAGCGGCAGCAGUUCAUAUCGGAACAAACCCUACAUAAAAUCUCGAAACGUCAAACCUAAGCCGGCAAUGGACAAAAUUUAAAUGUUAGCAAUGUAAACUUUAUAGCACUAGAGUAAGGAUCAAAUCACUUGCUUUGUAGUUGUUCGUAUACUUUAGUGCAAUUUUUAUAAAGUAUAUUAUAGCCUGAGUAAACUAUUACAAGAAAAUGUCGACCAAAAAGAGAAGUUUGGAUCUGUUCUUGGCUGAAAUUUUUAAAGAAUUUAUUGCUCUGAAGGUUAAUGAUCUGAAAAAAGCACAGGAAGUUUUUAAAAGUGUGUUUGAACAAGUAAAACAGAAGAUGGGAGAGCAGUGCAAUUAUUUCAAUAAAUAUGCAACACAAGUACUUUAUGCUGGAAGUGUUUAUGAUGGUAUUAAGGUUUCUAAGUUAGAUGAGUUUGACAUGGACAUUGUGAUACGGCUGCCAAUUAAUUAUGAUGAUGGUGAAGACGGUAUUAUUAUAGAAAAUGAUCAGCCUGGAUUUGUAAAAUUGAAAAUUUGCAAAGCAUUUGAUAAUCUAGAUAAACAAAAAGAAUGGGAUACUUGCCAUAAAGUGACGCGCGAAUGGAGAGACGAAAACAAAUACUUUCUCCAGAACAAAUUUCGUCAAUGGAUGCACAGCAUCGUACAGAAAGCUCUACAAACUAUGAACGGGGAGGUAACAGUCAACAAUGUUAAAUACUUGAUGACGUACAGGGCUUCAGGGCCUGCAUAUACACUGAAUGUUAAGAAUUCGGAGGGCGAAGAAGAAUUCAAAUUGGAUGUUGAUUUGGUGCCAGUUAUAAGAUUUAUGUUGCCGAGAUGGCCUAAGGGUUACAGACAAAUUAACGGAAGUCAAAUAAAAGAGUGGCUGGUAGUGCCCAAGCCGAACAAGGCCAUUGAAGAUGAAAAAGUGAAGAAUCGAUGUUGGCGUCUCUCUUUCCAAGACUACGAACGGGAAAUGAUGAAAGAUUUAAAGCAAUUGAAACUGACGAUAAGACUGGUGAAGAAACUACGCGACGCCUGCGGAAUGAAAGCCAUCGCGAGUUAUUAUAUCAAGACCUUGUUCCUUUGGAAAAUCCAAAAGGUAAAUGACAAAACAUACUGGCAGAGUAGAAUCAGUGUUAUUUUCAGGGACAUGAUUGAAGAUUUUUACAUUGCGCUCACAAACAAAAGCAUUCCGUAUUUCUGGAACAAAAACAAUAAUCUGAUCGAAGGUCUCAAGCCGACGCUCCAAAAGCUAUACGCUGACCAAUUAAAGGAUGUUCUCAAUGGCAUCGACGCUAAUGACGUCGAGAAAGUGUCCUACAGUCUCCUCACACCAGAUGAAAUUAAAGUCUUCAAGAGCUCCGACUUUUACAUUAAAUAUUUGGGAAAUUCGGAAAUAUCAAAAAAUCAUUCGUUAAACUCCACUCCUUUUUUAGACAGUCAAAUGUCAAGGGACAGCAGCCAAGGAGUAAAUUGUAACGAAGCUAACACUUUGCAGCUCGUAAAGCAACUGAUGGGCAAAGUUGAUUUAUUAACGGAUUUGGUGAUGGAACAGAAUGAAAGAAUAAAAAUUUUAGAAGCAAAAAGUUUAAACGAGAAAACGAAAGCUUCAGAUAAGGACAAGAAUUCGAUGGAAAUUUAUGAAAACGCAACCGAAAAUGGUUUAUCAGAAAAUUCCGAUUAUGUUGACGAUUUACUGACCUUUUAGCACGAGGUGAUAAGAUAAAAAUAUAAAAUAUACUGAAUAUAUAAGAUACGGUAACUUUAGCCCACAAUUCAUGGUUUAAUUGCCAUCAAAAACGAAUAAUGCUUCAAAUCCAUUGUAUAAUUUAGUGUUUUUACCGUAAUGUGUUUUUUCUUUUGUAUAAACUUGAUGUAUCUUUUAUACUACGCGAAUAAAAAAAGCAAACACGUACCCAACGAAGUUUUUACUUCACACAGUAUAUUACUUACAGUACAGUAAUUUAUUAUUUGUUUGAAUUUAAAUUAAGGUGUAAAAUCCAUAUUAUAAAAAAUUAACAAAUCACUUAUUUUAAUAAUAAACGAUUUUUUUAGAUUUUACAAUACUUUCUUCUUUCUAUACUAAUAUUCUAGCUUCCUGAAACCUACUAGAUAAAAAAUUUCAAUCCAUCAUUGGUAUGAGAAUGUGUUCCUAUUGUUCAUUCGUAAAUUAUCAAUUUAUUUAUAUUGCUAUAUGUUAUGUCAAUGUCAUCAAAUGAAAAAUUGUUUAUUUUUUAACAUAUAAAAAAGAUUGUUAAUCUAAUAUAUUACUGUCUAGUUUAAGCUAUAUUAUGCAUAUAUAAUCAUCACAUUGUAUUUUAACACAUAUAUUUUUUUAAUUUUAUACAAUUGGGUACUAUAUUAAAU